AGAGAGAGAGUAAAACUAGGGUUUUAACCUUUUCAGUCUCAACUCCUUUUAUUUCCUUUACUCUUCUUCAAUUCUUCCUCAUUCUUCUUCAUUUCUUUAUCUACUUGACAUAGAUUUUUUCUGUACUUAAAGUCGUAUCUACAUGUGUUUCUGUGUCUCGCUUCUGGAACCAAAGAGGGAUAAUAACAAUCAUUAUAAUUUAAAAAGCACAAUUAUACUUAUCUUAAUAUAAAUCUCUCUUUGCUAUAUAUAUUGAGAUCACUCCCGUCUUUAUCAAAUUCUUCUUCCUCUCCCCUUUUCUAAUCCAGUCGAUCUCAUGUAGAUCUGUAAUCUUUAUAUUUGUUUUCACUUCUUCUUUUCUUGUUUUUUUUUCUUUCUUUCUUUUGUCAUGUUUUUCAAUUGUACCUAUGUGAUCAUUAAUCUCUAGCUAUAUGCAUGUUAAUGACAUCAACUCAUCUUUCAGUUUCUUUCUUUUAGCUUUUAAUUUCGGUAGAUCUCGUACUGACGUAAAAAUCUAAGAAUCUUUAUAUUCAUUUACUAUCUUUUGUCUUCUUUUGGUUACGCUAUAGGAAUUGUGUAUCUCGGGCAAUAUCUUUGAAAACAUCUUUUUGUUAUAAACUGCAGAUCAUUUUCUCAUAUCGAGAUAAAUCAUUAAGCUAUUGUUCUAAAGGAAAUGAAGAGUAGUAAAUUUAACCUCAUAGAUUCAAAGCUCGAAGAACAUCAUCAUCUUUGCGGAUCAAAACAUUGUCCUGGAUGUGGUCGCAUGAUUCAAGCUGCUACUAAACCAAAUUGGAUUGGAUUGCCGGCAGGAGUGAAGUUCGAUCCGACAGAUCAAGAACUUAUAGAACAUUUAGAAGCAAAAGUGAAGGGAAAAGACAAAAAUGAGAAAUGGUCAUCGUCUCAUCCACUAAUCGAUGAGUUUAUUCCCACCAUUGAUGGAGAAGAUGGGAUAUGCUACACUCAUCCUCAGAAGCUUCCAGGAGUGACAAGAGAUGGCUUGAGCAAACACUUCUUCCACAAGCCAUCGAGAGCUUACACAACCGGAACAAGAAAACGACGCAAAAUCAUCCAAACAGAUCACGGCUCCGAGUUAACCGGUUCAUCAGAAACCAGGUGGCACAAAACGGGAAAGACAAGACCGGUUAUGACCAACGGUCAACAAAGAGGAUGCAAGAAGAUAUUAGUACUCUACACAAACUUCGGCAAGAACCGACGACCGGAGAAAACAAAUUGGGUAAUGCAUCAAUAUCAUUUGGGGAUUAAUGAGGAAGAGAGAGAAGGAGAGCUUGUAGUAUCUAAGAUCUUUUAUCAGACACAACCUAGACAAUGUGUUAGUAAUAUUCAUUGGUCUGAUCAUCAUGGUUCCAAGGAGGUGACUGGAAUUGGUGUCGGUGAUGAGAUCUCCGGCGUAGCUGCAGCGUUGCAGAGUCUUGGCUCCGGUGACGUCGUUUCUAGGGUUAGGACGAAUCCCUAUACAAGAGGCUUUGAUGAGGGGACAGCCGAAGCUUCAAAGGGAAGAGAAAACCAGCGUGUGUCUGGCACGUGCGAGGAAGUACAUGAUGGGAUCAUAAGACCAUCAACAACAUCAUCAGUGUCAUCUCAUCAUAUGAUUCAUGAUCAUAAUCAACAUCAUCAAAUCGGAGAUAGAAGAGAAUUUCACAUAUCAUCAUAUCCGAUGACCCCUACUAUCACAUCGCAACAUGAGUCAAUCUUUAAUGUCACAAGUACUAUGCCCUUUCAGCAGCAGCAAUUAAGAGGUCGGUCGUCUGGUUCGGGAUUAGAAGACCUAAUUAUGGGUUGUACCACAGCUACUUGCACACAAGACGAGCAUUCAGAAGCAAACACACCGCAAAAUGCAGAGUGGUUAACGUUUCCACCCUACUGGAACCAAGCCGGAUCAGAGGGUCAAAACCAGAAAUUUUAACAGAACCUCCUGACUAGCUUUUGAUCGAUGCUGGAAUUGCUGAGCUAUGUAUGACAG